ACGCUUAUCGAUACCAUUAUUGACUUGUGUAUGAUCUACGAUUGACAUUUACCAGAAAGAGCGAGAGCGAGAGAGAAAGAGAGAAAAGCUGAAGUAAAUCGGAGGAGGUGUCUCAUUCCCUUCACUUGAUAACGAGUCGUAGAUACAUUCCAUUAGUAUCUUCUAGACGAGACUCGAACUCUUUUACGAGGUGCGAGUGAGUGUCCUGCAAGUAGAACACGCUUUUUCAGACGAAUAAACGGUAAUGGAUGCGUUUGGCGACAAUUUUGUCAUUGAGCCGGAAGUAGAUCCAGCGGCAGAGUUUCUAGCAAGAGAGCAGGAUCAAUUGGCUGGGUUAGAGGAUGAGAUUACACCGAUGGCUGUGACUUUGGCUGCAGCAGCAGCAGCAGGUCAAAGUGAUGAUGAUCUGUCUGGGAAAUUUGGGAAUUUGAAAGUUGGCCCAGGUGGAGAUGCUGAAGGCAGUUUUGAAAUUGUAGAUACUAUUGGUCAGUCAACGGAAGCACAAACACCACUGACAAUGACAGAAUCAGCACCUGUAAUUGCACCAGUCAAAGAAGAACCCGAAAAAAUCAAAAAAUGGAGGGAAGAACAGAAAGCACGUCUUGAGGAGAAAGAUGCGGAAGAGGAGAAGAAAAAAGAAGAAUGGAGAGAAGCUGCAAAGAAAGAGUUAGAAGAAUGGUAUAAACAUCAUGCAGAAGCUAUUAAUAAAACGAAAACUACUAACAGGGAGUCAGCCAAGAAUGCGGAGAAGCAAUUCGUUGCAGAGGCAGAUGAAGUUGAACCAGGCACCGAGUGGGAACGCAUUGCCAAGCUUUGUGAAUUUAACCCAAAAUCAUCUCGCACUUCCAAAGACGUCUCUCGGAUGCGCUCGAUUAUUUUGCAAUUAAAGCAGACACCGCCCACUCCUAUUAAUGCUUAAUUAAAUUGAAGAAGCUAUUAGACAUUAAAGAUAUGAAUUGAUAUGAUAAAUAAAAAAAUAUGAUUAAAAAAAUGAAAUAAUAAAUGCAUCGUGUGAUCACGGUGCGAUAUUAUAACGAAAAGGAAAAUUGAUUAAUGUUCUGUUAAAA